GCACUCCAUAGAAAUAUUUUAAGCGUUAAAUUAUUUCAGAGAGAAUGGAAGAAUCUGAGCGGAUUUGAACAAUUAUUUUAAGAUAGAUAGAUAGAUUUGUUCAUCAACCGGAAGUAAAAAUGUUUGGAUUGAUCGCUUCCGGUCGUUUAGUCUCGACGAAUUGGGAACAGAUAAGUCCAACAAAUUGUGUGACGGAAUUAGUAGAUGCGGACUCCGUCAAUCAUAUCGUCAUUUUCCUGACAGGCCAGACUCCGUUUCCCGAUGGUAUGGGAGGAGCGGUGUAUUUUGCAUGGCCAGAUCCAGGUGGAGUCCCCAACUGGCAACUGCUUGGACAUAUAUCUAAUCUCAAACCAUCCGCUAUAUUCAGGAUAGCUAAACUAAAGGGAGGAGAAGCUAGUAGUAGUAUACAGAAUAGCUUCACAUCUCUAGCUUCUGUUCAUCACGUAAACGCUGUUGUUGGUAUUUCAGUAGAGCCUCUAGCAGUUGUAGAGGGACAGACGCCUGCGGCACAAACUGAAGCGGCAAACGUGUCAACCUUUAUGGAAUUCAGUCAGAAGAUGCUGGAAAAUCUGUUUAAUUACGCAACAAGUUUUGCUGCCUCUCCCAUGGAUAUGCGUCAGAAACCAGGUGAAAGCUAUGUUCCUCUGUCAUGCCUCCAACAAUGGUAUACAAAUUUUGAGAGGAGGUUGCAACAAAAUCCAAACUUCUGGCGAAGCUAGAGACAAAUCUGGAGAUUGCAUAGACUAGACAAUCAGGACUCUGUCCAUUGUAAAUAAUGAGCGCUAAUUGUAUUACGAUUAUUAAAUGCUUUUUAUUCACACAUGGUAAAAAGAUUUGAUGUUUUUGUUCAAACCUUUAAAAAUAUUUUCAUCGUAUUUUCAUACCGACUGAAUUCGAUAACUACUUUUGCUAAAUAAUAUUCUUACUUUUAGA